AGAAAACUGAUUUCCAAACGAAAGUGAUAAACUGUAUUAAGAUCUUUACUUAAUGACGUUAAGGCGUAAAAACGAAAUACGUUGAUCCGAAUAUUUGCUAAGAUGGCUGCUUGCACUUCCGGUGUAAUGGUGAGAUAGUCAUAAAAUAUUUCCCCUUAAAAAAUUUAAUUUGGAGCAGUUAACAGGUAAGAGAAGAAAUUGGAAGAUUUUAAGAUAUGCCGAGGAGACUCAAUUGCACUAGAAAUGCUCAGAGAUUGAUGUUUUCCGAUUCUAAGAGAUCGCGGAUGGUUAUUCAAGGUCACCGGAAGCUGGAACUACUUUAAUUUUCAUUUUCAAAAAAAAUAUUUUCUUCAAAAAAAUCAUCAUAUGUGAUGAUUCCAUUGGAUUUCGAUAAAAAAGACUGCUAAAAUGGAAAGGACGACACAAAGCUCAGAUUAUCUCAUCUACAUUAUUGACAUUAUACUUAGGGUUCCACCACUCUUCAUUCUACAUUCAAUUUUGAAUAAAAGUUUUCUGGUUCCCUUGAUCCCAGAAAACAUAAGCUUUUUUGGACCUACAUUCAUCAUUUGGGUGCUGAUUAUCCUGUCAUUUUUCUGCGCGGCAAUGGUGAUGUUAGUGCUAUCUACAAAUCAAUUAAUUGAAGUAUAUCUUUUCCUUGGAGCCGCAGGACUUCUGAUAGUUUCUUAUUAUUGGAACAAAUAUUACAUCACAACAGAAGUUCAGCAGAUGACUUCAAAGCACGAUGACUUUAAUUCUUCUAAAAUAUUGGAUGCUUCAGACUCAGAGGUCAAAAAAGGAGACAUGGGAGCCUUAGCGACAAACACAUUUUUGCAGAUCUCAAUUGGAUACAUGUUCAACAUGUUAGGCUCCCCAGCUAGGGACUUGGAUAGGCAAAAUCGCUUUCAAUAUCUCUUAAUGAUAUUAAGCCGAGUGUCUAUACUGUUUUCACUCAUGUUUCCAUCUUUAAUAUGCUUGACAGAUCCAUCAGUUAAAGUACUUUGGGUAACUCCAGUUAUAUCAGUUAUCAUCCCGAUCAUACAACUACAUUGGAAUAUCAUAUGGAACUACAAGAGGUUAUACUGGGUAUUCAAGAGAGGAUAUCUUAGUACCAAACACAUGUUGCAAUUAUUUGGACUUCAGACAUUGGUUGAAUCAGAAUGGACUAGGCUUCAUGUUCCCCAAGUUUUACAAGUGUAUUGGAUUACAAGUGUAGGGCACCAAGCUGUUGCACUGACGAUAAGCACAUUAAAUACAAACUAUGAUAUAUCAGGCUUAUACUGGGUCAGCCUCGAUGAUGUUUUUAUCAUUGUUAAGACGCUGUUAGUGAAAAUGUGUGAGACGUUCAUUUCAUUGAUCGCAACUACAAGCAUGGUGUCUGUGAUAACACAUUAUAUAGGGAUUGUUAUGUCAUAUUUAGUGAUGUCAGACAAUGAAGAAGAUAGAAACAUGGGCACGGUUUCUGCAAUAUUAUUUCUUAUUCUUGCCCUACAGACAGGACUGACCAGUCUUAGUUUCGAUGACAGAUUAACAAGACUUUACAGGAAUAUAUGUCUGCUAUCUACGGCUAUUCUUCAUUUUAUACAUAGCAUGUGCAAUCCAUUGUUAAUGACUCUAAGUGCAUCUAGGAGUAUGAACAUUCAGCGUCAUGUUAGAGUUCUACUUAUGUGUGUUGCUUUAAUAACCUUACCAGCACUUCUGUUGUAUUGUCUUUGGAGCAUUCACAGCAUCAGCACCUGGUUGUUAGCCGUCUCUGCCUUUAGCAUAGAGGUCAUCAUCAAGGUGCUGAUAUCAUUGCUCAUUUAUACCCUCUUCAUGAUAGAUGCUUACAUGAUAGAUGACUCCCUCUGGGAAUCCUUAGACGAUUAUGUGUAUUAUAUAAAAUCAACCGGAAACACUAUUGAGUUCAUAUUUGGCAUAUUUCUAUUUUGCAAUGGUGCAUGGAUCAUGAUGUUUGAAUCCGGGGGAACAAUUCGAGCAUUCAUGAUGUGUAUACAUGCUUAUUUUAACAUAUGGGUGCAAGCCAAAGAAGGGUGGAAAAUUUUCAUGAAAAGAAGGACUGCUGUUCAUAAGAUUAACAUGCUUCCUGAAGCCAGUGAAGAGCAACUUGACUCAUAUAAUGAUGUGUGUGCUAUAUGCUAUCAGGAGCUCACAACAGCCAGAAUCACUAAAUGCCAGCACUAUUUUCAUGGCGUAUGUUUACGUAAGUGGUUAUAUGGUCAUGAUAACUGUCCCAUGUGUCAUAAAAUGAUAUAUGAAGAACAAACUGAACAGAAUGAACGUGUAGAGGAGAAUGAACACCUUUUACCUAAUGGUUUGAGACAUGAACAUCAGGAUUAAAUGAAUUAACAUAUUACUGGUCAUGGAUGUGACAUGCAUUUUAUGUACAUAUUGCUGGUCAUUGAUGUGACAUGCAUUGAAUGUACAUAUUCCUGGUCAUAUGACAUAUAUGUGACAUGCAUUGGAUGUGCAUAUUGCUAGUCUAAGUCAUGGAUGUGACAUGGAUUUUAUGUACAUAUUGAAUUGCUGGUCAUGGAUGUGACAUGGAUUUGAUAUACCUAUUGCUGGUCAUGGAUGUGACAUGCAUUUAAUGCACAUAUUGCUUGUCAUGGAUGUGACAUGCUUCAAAUGUACAUAUUGCUAGUCAUGGAUGUGACAUGCAUUAAAUGUACAUAUUGCUAGUCAUGGAUGUGACAUGCAUUUAAUGCACAUAUUGCUGGUCAUGGAUGUGACA